AUGGGUCUUGACUUUUGUUCUGCUCCAGCUACUUCUGUUGAUGCAGAACGAGCUUUUUCACAUGGUCGUCAUCAAGUUAAUUUUACACAGCAUAAUAUGUCUUCUAAUACCUUUGUAGCCCAAAUGGCUGUUGGAUCAUGGGACAAUACCCCCCUUUUCCCAGAUCUCACUAAUGCUUUUAAUAUUAUUGAAGCCAAAAUUUCACGGCUCAAUACUUCUUAA